AUGGUGUUGUGCAAUAUGAAACUGCUGUUGCUGCCACGGACCGUCCAUUACAGUACCGUGUCCGGAAGCCGUAGAGGAUUGGCCACACUAGUCCAAAGCCACUGCGCUACUUGCUAUCAUAGUAAAACAACACUCAGUACUGUUUCUUACAAUCAUUAUAUCCUGCGUUCGAUUACUCUUCGCAGCAGUGAACCGUUGCUGGCAAGUAAACGUACCAUCAGUCCGGAAGAUGAUGAAGCUUCCAACUCACCGGUGAAAGUUAUGAAAAAAGCAAAACGAUCGCGGGUCGUGUCGAGCAGCAGCAGCAGCGAGGAUGAACAAGAUAACAAAACAUCCUUGAAAGGGUAUGAAUCGAGCUCAAAGAAGACACCUUCUCCGAAGCGUGUCAAAGAGGAACCGAGCUCAAAUGGUAAGGCCGUAAAAAAGGAACCUAAAUCGAAAGCAACCCCGAAGAAGGAAACGGAUAGCGCCAAAAACAAAAAAGUCUCACCCAAAACGAAAUCCAAGUCACCCGUUAGCGUAAAGAAGGAGGAAAGUCCAUCACCUAGCAAGGAGGAGUCUCCGCCGAAGAAAGGUGACCCAUCCAAACCGGCAGCUAAUGCUUCGAAUGGAGGAUCCACCGGAGCAGCACGAUCGUUUUUCUUCUCAAUUAAAAAGCAACCGAACGAAGGUGCCGACAGUGCGACCGAUGGAGAAGCGCCAACAGGUGAUGGAUCGAAGUAUGAUCCGUCGAAGAAAAAUUACCAUCCAUUGAAGGACGCAUUUUGGAAGAAGGGUGAUCGCGUUCCUUAUCUGGCACUGGCACGCACCUUUCAAAUGAUCGAGGAAACAAGCGGCCGGCUCCGGAUGAUCGAGAUACUGGCGAACUAUUUCCGCUCGGUAAUAUUGCUCAGCCCGAAGGACUUGCUGGCCAGCGUCUAUCUCUGCCUGAAUCAGCUCGCCCCCGCCUACGAAGGCGUUGAGCUUGGGAUAGCAGAAUUUUCCCUGAUGAAAGCAAUCGCUCAAAGUACCGGUCGCAGUUUGGCGCAGAUAAAGGCGGACGCACAGACAACGGGUGAUUUGGGACUUGUUGCGGAACAAUCCAAAAGUAGCCAGCAUCUAAUGUUCCGGCCGGCACCGCUAACGGUGGAGGUCGUGUUUGGCAAGUUGCGCGAGAUCGCUUCCAUGACCGGAUCGACCUCGAUGGCGAAGAAAAUGGACAAGAUCCAGUCGAUGUUUGUCGCCUGCCGACAUUCGGAGUCUCGCUAUGUCAUUCGCUCGUUGGCAGGCAAGCUACGGAUUGGUAUAGCGGAACAAUCAUUGCUCCAGGCACUGGCACAGGCUUGUGCACUAACACCACCACACAAGGACCCACCGGUGGUGAAUGUUCUGGCGGGUGAGUCGGAAACGCGUGUUAAAGCACGUAUAGAAGAGGUAGCACUUGCUCUGAAGACGGUUUAUUGUCAGUUUCCGAACUACAAUCGAAUCGUUCCGGUGUUGCUUCAGCACGGUAUCAAGAAGCUAAGCGAGCAUUGUCCCAUGGAACCGGGAACUCCCCUAAAGCCCAUGCUCGCCCAUCCUACCAAAGGUGUGCAGGAAGUGCUGCAACGGUUUGAUGGUAUUGAUUUCACCUGCGAAUGGAAGUACGAUGGUGAGCGAGCUCAAAUCCAUCUACUUUCCGAUGGAAGCGUUCAAAUCUUUAGUCGAAAUCAGGAAAACAACACAACCAAAUAUCCGGACAUCAUUGCACGGUUAGAGUUUACGCGCACGGAACCCGUAAGGAGCGCCAUCUUGGAUUGUGAAGCUGUCGCGUGGGACGUGGAUAAGCAGCAAAUUCUUCCGUUCCAGGUGCUGAGCACUCGAAAGCGCAAGGAUGCAAAUGAAGCGGACAUUAAGGUGCAGGUGUGUGUGUUUAUGUUCGAUCUGCUCUAUCUAAAUGGUGAACCACUCGUCGAGCGACCGUUUGUCGAACGGCGCGAUUUACUGUACAAACAUUUUCGCGAAAUUGAAGGCCAAUGGAAGUACGCAACCCGACUCGAUACGAGCGAUCUGGACGAGUUGCAGCACUUUCUGGAUGAAGCUGUACGGGGCAAUUGCGAGGGCCUGAUGGUAAAAACCCUAGCACGUGAAGCAACGUACGAAAUCGCCAAACGAUCCCGCAACUGGUUGAAGCUAAAGAAAGACUAUCUGUCCGGGGUGGGCGAUUCGCUCGAUUUGGUCGUUAUCGGGGGUUAUCGGGGACGUGGAAAGCGUACCGGAACGUACGGAGGAUUUCUGCUGGCCUGCUACGACGAUGAGAAUGAAGAGUAUCAAACGAUCUGCAAGAUCGGUACCGGAUUUUCCGACGAUGAUCUACAGCGUCAUACGGAAUUUUUCCGGUCGCAUAUUAUACCGCAAGCGAAACCCUACUACCGGCACGAAGCGAACGUUGUGCCGGACGAUUGGUUUGAAGCGGUGCAGGUGUGGGAAGUGCUGUGUGCCGAUCUGUCCCUCAGUCCGGUGCAUAGGGCCGGGAUUGGAAUUAUCGAUCCGGAGAAGGGUAUUUCGCUACGGUUUCCGCGCUUUAUACGUGUGCGGGAAGAUAAAGGUGCGACGGAUGCAACAAACGCACGGCAGGUUUCGGAGAUGUAUCUAAACCAGGAUCAGAUUAAAAAUCAAACAGGCGGUGGUGCACGGGAUGCGGAGGAAGAUUUUUACUGAGAAGCGAGGUGCAGGAA